GGCAUGCAGCCAGGCGUUGGACCCAACGCGCAUGCUCUCUCGCAUCUUCAGCCACAGCAUGCGCACAUGUUUCAACAGCAGCAACACCCUGGCAUGAGUAGUCAACCAGGCGGCGCUCAUGCAGCAGCACAGAAAUGCUCAACAGCAAGCGGCCCUCAUGCGACAGCAGCAACAGCAGCAGCAGAUGCUCGCGCAGCAGAACGGUAUGCAGAUGGGCUUCCCAAACCAAAUGGGCAACAUGGGCCCCCAGCAGAUGGCCGCGUUGCAACAGAACAUGGGACAACCUUUUGUCCAACUCCCUCCACACCUGCGUCAACAGAUGCAGCAGCAGCAAGCCAUGCAACAGCAGCAGCAGCAGCAGACGAGCAAUCCCCAGCAAGCAGCAGCCAUAGCGCAUGCCCAGCAACAAGCGCUUCAAGCCCAAGCUCAAGCCCACGCGCAGCAAGCACAGCAUAGCCAGCCGCCUCAAAUGCAACAGCAGCAGGCCAUCGCCAUGCAGCAUGCUCAAUCGCAACAGAGCAACCACAGCCAGUCCGGAAACCAAGGGCCACCAGCAACCUCACAGCCUCCCCAAGGACCUUUGCGACCUCCGUCAGCCAUGAGCCAUCAAGCUUCCCCUGCCCGUCAGCCGACACCGCAACAGCCGCAACAGUCAGGGCCACAACCACCACAGCAGACACCGGCACCUAACCAACCUCCGAACAUGCCUCAGCAGCCCACUCAACAACCGCAGAACCAGCCUCAGAUGCAGCAGCGCAAUCCGGCCAUGGCCUCGCAACAAGCGCAAGCGCAAGCUGCCCAAGCCGCAAACGCCGCAAACGCCGCACGACUGGCGAUGAUGAGACAGCCUCCUCCCACUUCAGGGCACGGCACAUUGAAACUGAUGUUAUUCGUCGACCAGCUCGGGAAAUUUAAUGUCUCCCGAGGCCCCGACGUGAACGCCAUCGGUCACUGGCAGGGUUUCGUAGACAAGUUCUUCUCUGAUAGUGGCUCGUUCAUACAUGUCAUCUGCUCAGCCACAUCCGAGAGAACUAAGCUAUUUGAGAUAGUCUACGCCGCGAUGCCUCGUUAUUUCUACACCCAGUUCAACACUGAGGUGGAGAAUCUGCAGAUUACUCUGGACGGAGCGGCUGAGAAGACGUCACCCACCGAGACCAAAGUUACCUGCGAACGGGCAAAGUUCAUCUACACGUACAAGAACCAGUGCCAGGUCGUAUGCCAAGGGAAAUUAACCGCAUUCUGGGCCGGCUCGGAGAAGAUGGAAUGGCUACAAUUCGAGUCGCAGGGACACCAACAGUACCUACCGCGUUCUCUCCUGGAGUCCCUGUUUGAGGAGCCACCGAUCAAUCCUCUCUCGCUAACACAGUCACCCCGCUUGAAUAAGUCAUCGGCAAAGCAAAAGCAGCAGCAGCAGCGAGCCGCACAAGUUCCCCAGGAGCUCGUGAUAACACAGUCGAAACUCCCCUCCGCAGGCAUAACAGACUGGGGUUUGCCACCCGCACUACAGUCCUAUCUUGAGAUCUACGAGACGAUGAAUAACAUGACUAGUCUCAUGGCUCACUACCUGGACAACCCGGCCUUGCCCCCUGCUACAGCGAUGAAUAACUGGUGUCAGAUGAUGUCUACUAGCCAAGGCAUCGCCGGUCAGAAUCCGAACCAGAUGCAGGGUGGCAAUAUGCCUCCAAACCAGGGGAUGCCGCACCCUCCACAACCCGGAAUGCCCCCAGGGGCACGGACGCCGUCCGGAAUGGGCCAACCCGGAAUGCCUCCGAACCAGCAGUUCAUGUCUCCAGCCAUGCAGAACGCUCUCCUCCCGAACGGCAACAUGAGCUCGCCUCAUCUCAUGCACACACCGUCACCCGCCUCACACCCGAUGGUCACCCAGCAUAGCCAGAGUUCCAACACGGCUAGCGUGAGCACUUCUCCAAACGUCAACGCCAAGCGACGGAGAAGUACGGCAAAAAUGGAUGGCGAUGACGGAGGCGGGGACGUGAAUGGCGCACCAAAGAUCAAGCAGAGCCCACGGGUAGGAGGCAACAAGAGGGUGAAGGCCAACAACUAGGACUUAGAUGCCUUCUACUACUUCUUUGGCGUGCUGGAGUAGUUGCUCUGGUCUAGUUCCCCUGUUCAGCAUUCCCACACCCCAUCCAUGUUUGUAUAGCGUGGCGUUGCGUCAAUUUCUUUCCAUCACUUUCUCACAUACUUCACUCAUGUCUAUGCUUUUUCUACCUAUCGGCCAGGGUGGAGUUUCCCCUUUCAUACCUUGGGUUGGCAGUUUGUGUGCUCAUGGAGUUUUUUCGGAUCGAGGGACACAUUUGUGGGCAUUUUCCUUG